AUGGCGACGGCGCGCGGCGGCGGCAGCUUCCCGCUGGCGCUGCUGCUCCUGGGCGCGCUGCGGCCCCGCGCCGCCGCCGAGCAGGUUGUCUUGCUAGAUUCAAAGGAAUCGCAAGCGGAGCUGGGUUGGACCUCGCAUCCAUCCAACGGGUGGGAAGAAAUCAGCGGAGUGGAUGAGAAUUACAAACCAAUACGUACGUACCAAGUCUGCAAUGUCAUGGAGUCGAACCAGAACAACUGGCUGCAGACAGGCUGGAUUGCCAGGCGUGAUGGCCAAAGAAUCUUUAUUGAGCUGAAAUUCACCCUGAGGGACUGCAAUAGCAUCCCUGGUGUGAUGGGCACCUGCAAGGAGACUUUCAAUCUCUACUAUGUUGAAUCUGACUCUGACCUCGGCCACAGUGUCCAUGAAAGUAAGCACACAAAAAUUGACACCAUUGCUGCUGAUGAGAGCUUUACGCAGGGGGACUUGGGUGAACGUAAGAUGAAGCUGAACACAGAGCUAAGGGAGAUUGGACACUUGAGCAAGAAAGGCUUCCACCUCGGUUUCCAGGAUGUGGGUGCCUGUGUGGCUCUGGUUUCUGUGCGGGUCUAUUACAAGGUGUGCCUUGCCACAGUACAGAACCUGGCAUUGUUUCCAGACACCGUGGCAGAAACAGCCUUUGCGACUUUGGUGGAAGUUAAGGGCACCUGUGUCAAUCACUCUGAAGUGGACUUGGAUAAUCCUCCUCGGAUGCACUGCAGUGCGGAGGGAGAGUGGCUGGUCCCUAUAGGGAAAUGCACAUGCAGUCCUGGCUUUGAAGAGAGGAAUGGGGCAUGCAAAGCUUGCCUUCCUGGAUUUUACAAGCUUUCCCUCCGUCUCCCUCUCUGCUCUCCUUGCCCUGCGCACAGCUUCACACAUGAAGAAGCCUCCACAUUCUGUUCAUGCCAGAAGAACUACUCCAGAUCCCCAUCAGACCCACCAUCUGCCUCCUGCACACGUCCACCAUCUGCUCCAAGGAACCUGGUCUACAGCCUCAAGCAAUCGACUCUGGUUCUGGAGUGGAGUGCCCCCGCGGACUUGGGUGGUCGGAGCGAUGUCACGUACAGCCUGUGGUGCAGCCGGUGCUUGGAGGCACUGCAGGGGCGGUGUGAGCAGUGCGGCAGCAGUGUGGGUUUUGUGCCACAGCAGACAGGACUUGUGGACCGGACUGUCACCCUGGUGAACUUGCUGCCGCAUGUUAACUACACCAUCCGAGUGGCAGCCAUCAAUGGUGUCUCGGACGUCAGCCCAUUACUGAAGCAGCAGUAUGCUGAAGUAAACAUCUCCACUGGCCUUACAGCUCCAACUCCUGUCACUGGCAUCCGCACUGAUAAAAUUGAACAGAAGAGCAUUUCCUUGUCAUGGCAGGAGCCAGGCUUUCCAGCCACCAAUAACACUGAAUAUGAAAUCAAGUACUAUGAAAAGGAUCAAAGAGAUCAGAGUUACUCAACUGUGAAAACCACAUCAACAGCUGUGACGGUCAAUAACCUGAAGCCUGGCACCCUCUAUAUUUUCCAAAUCCGGACAUCAUCUUCACAGGACUACGGAAAUGACAGCCCUAGUAUUGAAGUGGAAACCUUAGGAGAGUUGACGGUGGCCUCUAGUGAGCAGAACCCUGUCCUGAUCAUCAUCGUCGUCGCCAUCGCUGGGCUGACGGUGCUGGUCUCCAUGGUGAUUGGCAUGAUGAUCUGGAGAAGACAGUGUGGGUACAGCAAAACCAGCCAGGAUGGAGAUGAGGAGCUGUACUUCCAUUUUAAAAUACCAACUAGGAGGAUGUACAUCAACCCUGAUGCUUGUGAAGACCCCGUGCAGGCGGUGCACCUCUUUGCCAAAGAACUGGAUAACUCUAAUAUUAAAAUAGAGAGGAUCAUCGGGACAGGAGAGUUUGGAGAAAUCUGCCGGGGAUGUUUGAAGUUGCCCAGUAAAAGAGAGCUCCCGGUUGCAAUCCAGACCCUUCGGGUUGGGUGCUCGGAGAAGCAGAAGCGCACCUUCCUGGCAGAGGCCUGCACUCUGGGCCAGUUUGACCACUCCAAUAUCAUUCGCCUGGAGGGAGUCAUCACCAGAGGGAACAUCAUGAUGAUUGUGAUGGAGUACAUGGGGAAUGGAGUGCUAGAUACUUUUCUCAGGAAACAUGAGGGACAGUUCACAGCAACCCAGCUCAUUGGCAUGUUGCAUGGCAUUGCCUCUGGCAUGAAGUACCUAGCAGAGAUGGGAUAUGUACAUAAAAGUCUUGCUGCCCACAAAGUUCUUGUAAACAGCAACCUGGCUUGCAAAAUAACUGGUUUCAGACAGCCGCAAGAAGACAAAAUGGAGACCAUCUUCACCACUAUGAGUGGGAAGAGCCUUGUGCUGUGGUCAGCCCCUGAAGCUAUCCAGUAUCACCACUUCAGUCCUGCCAGUGAUGUGUGGAGCUUCGGCAUUGUCAUGUGGGAAGUCAUGUCCUAUGGAGAGAGACCCUACUGGGACAUGUCCAACCAGGAUGUGAUAAAGGCCAUCGAAGAUGGAUUUCGCCUCCCUGCCCCAAUGAACUGCCAGCCUCCUCUUCACCAGCUCAUGCUGGACUGCUGGCAGAAGGAUCGCAACAAGAGACCCAAGUUCUCACACAUCCAUAACAUCCUGGGCAAGAUGGUGCAGAGCCCAGAGGCCCCCAAGUGCCCCAACUCCACCACAUCCAUUCCCCUCACUGAACGUACUUUCUCAGCCUUCCCAUCUUUCAGCUCUGUGGGCGAGUGGCUGGAAGCAAUAGAAAUGGGUAGAUACAAAGAUAACUUCACAGCUGCAGGCUACUGCUACCUGGAAUCUGUGGCCAGGAUGACAAUCCAAGAUGUCCUAAGCCUGGGGAUCACGCUGGUGGAGCAUCAGAAGACCAUCCUCAGUGGGAUCCAGACUCUCCGUGCCCAGGUGAUACAAAUGCAUGGCCGAGGUGUGCAGGUGUGAAGGAACCCCAACAGACUGUGCGGAGCACUCACCUAACACUCCCUGGGGAGAAGACAGCCAGCUGUGUACUGGCCCAAACUGGACCAAAUCUCUGAAAUCUUACUGAGAGCUGUUGAGCAGGUGGGAUGUAGGAAACACUGGGCUGCU